CUUGUCCACUGUUUGUCUCAGAAGAAGAUAUAUUGCCUUUAGUUUCCGAUGGAGAAAGCAAGCCAGCUGCAAACUCCAGUGGAUUGUCUACACAAGGGAUGCGGGCAACAAGCAAGUCAUGGCCAUACUUCGGCCAGAAUAUCAAUCAAUCUUCUCAUGACGUGUCCUCUACCACAGGAGUUUCUGUUGAUAGCAGUAGAAGAAAAUAUUCUUUUGGUUCUAUCUGGGGAAGCAGAAAGGAGAGUCAUAAAUGGAAUAAGAAGCUUGUUCUUGCACUGAGAAAAGAAAGACUUGAAAUGCAGAAGGCUACCUUGAAAAUUUAUUUGAAGUUCUGGGUGGAGAAUAUGUUCAACCUCUUUGGGCUUGAGAUCAAUAUGCUUGGACUGGUUUUCGCCAGCUUUGCUUUACUUAAUGCUGUCUCCUUGCUCUACAUUGCUUUGCUAGCUGCUUGUGUUCUUCUGAGACGGCGAAUCAUUCGUAAAGUUUGGCCGAUUUUUGUAUUUUUGUUUACUUUGAUUCUUCUGCUGGAGUACUUUGCCAUGUGGAAGAGCUUGAUGCCUUUAAAUAAGCACCUACCAAAUCAGUCCGUGCAUUGUCAUGAUUGCUGGAGCAGCUCGGAUGCAUAUUUUGAUUAUUGUAAAAAGUGUUGGCUUGGGCUUACUGUUGAUGACCCUCGAAUGCUGAUCAGUUAUUAUGUGGUCUUCAUGCUUGCAUGUUUCAAGCUCCAUGCUGAUCGCACAUCCAGUUUAUCAGGGUCAUUUACGUACCGUCAGAUGGUCUCACAGCGCAAGAAUUCUUUUGUGUGGCGAGAUCUAUCAUUUGAAACCAAAAGCAUGUGGACCUUUCUUGACUACUUGAGGCUCUACUGCUAUUGUCAUCUUUUGGAUCUUGUACUUGCUUUGAUUCUGAUAACAGGUACCCUCGAGUAUGAUAUUCUGCAUCUUGGAUAUCUUGGCUUUGCUCUGAUCUUCUUCCGAAUGAGACUUACGAUUUUGAAAAAGAAAAAUAAGAUAUUCAAGUAUCUUCGCAUAUACAAUUUUGCUGUUAUAGUUCUCUCUCUGGCCUAUCAGUCUCCAUUUAUUGGUGAUUUCAAUGCGGGAAAAUGUGAAACAAUAGAUUACAUUUAUGAGAUGAUUGGAUUCUACAAAUAUGAUUAUGGCUUUCGAAUUACCUCGAGAUCAGCUUUGGUCGAGAUCAUUAUUUUUGUGCUUGUCGCACUGCAAUCAUACAUGUUCUCUUCCCCAGAAUUUGAUUAUGUGUUCCGUUAUCUUGAGGCGGAACAAAUUGGUGCUGUUGUACGCGAGCAAGAGAAGAAAGCUGCCUGGAAGACUGCACAGUUACAGCACAUUCGUGAAUCUGAGGAGAAGAAACGCCAGCGAAAUUUGCAAGUGGAGAAGAUGAAAUCAGAGAUGCUCAACCUACAAAUACAGCUUCAUAGUACUGAAGCAAAUUCUGCUGCCACUCGUGGUGACACUUCUCCUGCUAGUGAGGGUUUAAGGAGGAGGAAGAAUCUUUCACAUCCGAACUUAGAGGAAAGACACCCAGAUAAACUGGAGAUAAAUGUUAAUUCAGACCCUGUGUUUUCUCAUGAUUUCCCUGAAUCUCCAAGUAGUGCCAGGGCAGAAAGCCCUUUGGCGACAGAACUAAUGAAUCAUCCUAUGGUAACUUCUAUAUGUGAGAUAAGUGAAAUUGAAGAAGAUGCAGGUCAUAAUACUUUGAACCUGGAUAAAGAAAACAAAAGAAAAGGCCAAUCCAAGGAUAACCCAUUAGUUUCUGCAGUACAGUUGAUUGGUGAUGGUGUUUCUCAAGUACAGUCCAUCGGAAAUCAGGCUGUAAGCAAUAUCGUGAGCUUUUUGAACAUUCCACAAGAUGACUCUGAUUCUAAUGGGACCUCAACUGCUGGGGACGGAAUAUCUUAUGAGAGAGAGGGUGAAAAUGCUACACACAUUCAUCUGGAUCGUUCUUCUUCUCUGCAAUCUGAUAGGAGUAGAACGUCUGAAACAGCAAGUUUGCAAAUUGGGAGAAUCUUCAAUCACAUAUGGUCCCAGAUGCGUUCAAAUAAUGAUGUUGUGUGCUAUUGUUGCUUUCUUCUUGUCUUCCUUUGGAAUUUCAGUUUGCUUUCUAUGGUGUACCUGGCAGCUCUCUUUUUAUAUGCUCUUUGUGUGAAUACUGGGCCAAGUUACAUCUUUUGGGUCGUCAUGCUAAUCUACACAGAGAUAUACAUUUUAGUCCAGUAUCUUUAUCAAAUAGUUAUUCAGCACUGUGGUUUCAGCAUCCAGUCAACUACUCUUCAAGAGUUGGGUUUUCCUACAAAACGGAUAACAUCUGCUUUUGUAAUAAGCUCGCUGCCGUUAUUUCUGGUCUACUUGUUUACCCUCUUACAGAGCUCUAUAACAGCAAAAGAUGGUGAAUGGUUUUCUCUAGGAUACAGUAAUUGGAAAAGGAGACUCUUGGACCCAAAGGAGGACCUCGUGGCAUCUGGGUGGAGUGAGAAGGCGAACAAGCUCUUCCUUCCCAUAAAAAAUAUGGUGAAAAUGGUGAUUAGAGGCUGUUGUAGGUAUUGGAAAUCACUAACACAGGAGGCAGAAUCGCCACCGUACUUUAUCCAGUUGUCCAUGGAUGUUCACAUGUGGCCAGAGGAUGGAAUCCAACCGGAGAGGAUUGAAUCUGGAAUAAAUCAAUUGCUACGGCUUAUGCACGAUGAUAGAUGCAAAAACCAAAACCCCAGCCAUUGUUCUUGUUCUAGUAGGGUCCAAAUUCAAAGCAUUGAAAAGAGUAGUGAAAAUCCAUACAUUGCAUUGGCUGUUUUCGAGGUGGUUUAUGCCUGCCCAUCGACAGAAUGUACACCUGAACAGUUCAAGUCACUCACUCCAGCUGCUGACAUAGCAAAAGAGAUUCGUGGAGCACAAAGCAUGGGUCUUGUUGAAGAAGUUGGAUUUCCAUACCCUAUACUCUCCAUCAUAGGUGGGGGUAGAAGGGAAGUUGAUCUUUAUGCUUAUAUUUUUGGUGCUGAUUUGAGUGUGUUCUUCUUGGUUGCUAUUUUCUACCAAUCUGUUAUAAAAAACAAAAGCGAGUUUUUGGAUGUUUCCCAACUUGAGGAUCAGUUUCCCAAGGAGUUUGUAUUUAUGUUGAUGGCAAUAUUCUUCUUGAUUGUGGUGGAUCGCGUCAUAUACCUCUGUUCAUUUGCCACAGGAAAAGUGAUCUUUUACAUUUUCAAUCUCAUUCUUUUUACAUAUGUCAUCACGGAGUAUGCUUGGAAUAUAGAUGCACAGCAAAGUGCUGCUGGUUUAGCCCUCCGUGCAAUAUAUCUAACUAAAGCAAUAUCUCUGGCAUUGCAAGCCAUACAAAUUCAGUAUGGUGUUCCACACAAGAGCACAUUGUAUCGCCAAUUCCUCACCAGUAAAGUUACUCAAAUCAAUUAUCUAGGCUACCGGCUAUAUCGUGCUCUUCCUUUCCUGUAUGAAUUGCGGUGUGUACUGGACUGGUCUUGCACUAAAACUUCAUUGACAAUGUAUGACUGGCUGAAGUUGGAAGACAUAAAUGCAAGCUUGUACCUUGUCAAAUGUGAUGCUGUUCUGAACAGAGCUACACAUAAACCAGGAGACAAGCAGACUAAGAUGACCAAAUUCUGUAAUGGAAUAUGUUUGUUCUUCAUAUUGAUCUGUGUAAUCUGGGCUCCCAUGCUGAUGUACAGCAGUGGUAAUCCAACUAACAUUGCAAAUCCUGUAAAUGAUGCGAGAGUUCAGCUUGAUAUCAGCAGAAAAGGUGGAGGAAGGUUAACCCUCUACCAGUCUACUCUUUGUGAAAUGAUUCCAUUUAAUCAGCUCAAUGAUGAUUUGAAUCUUGAUCCGCAUGGCUAUCUUUACCCAUACAAUGUAAAUGAUAUCCAACUUAUUUGUUGCCAACCUGAUGCAAGUACUCUGUGGCUGGUUCCGGAUGUGGUUCAGAGAAGAUUCAUUCUGUCUCUUAAAGAGAUGGAUGUUAAAUUUUCUUGGGUUCUUACAAGGGACAGGCCUAAGGGAAAGGAGGUAGUGAAAUAUGAAAGAAGUCUUGCUCCUGCGGAUUGUCCAAAGCCAUCGGAAGUUAAGAAAGUUCUAAAUGGUUCAACCAAUAGCUUCCGCGUGUAUAAUGUAUAUCCAAGAUAUUUUCGUGUGACUGGUUCGGGGGAAGUUAGGCCUAUCGAACAGGAGGAAAAUGAUGUUAGCGCAGAUAUCAUUUUAAAUCGGGGAGUCUCUGAGUGGUGGUCCUUCCAUGAUAUCAACUCACUGGAUGUAAAAGGCUGUGGAGGGUUGAGAGGGCCUAUGGCCAUAAUUGUAUCAGAGGAAACACCGCAGGGAUUGCUAGGUGAAACUCUCAGCAAAUUCAGUAUAUGGGGUCUCUAUAUCACAUUUGUUUUAGCAGUUGGCCGCUUCAUCAGACUGCAGUGCUCCGACUUGCGAAUGAGAAUCCCAUAUGAAAAUCUUCCUUCAUGUGACAGAUUGAUUGCCAUCUGUGAGGAUAUAUACGCUGCAAGAGCAGAGGGUGAACUUGGAGUAGAGGAAGUCCUAUACUGGACACUGGUGAAGAUAUAUAGGUCUCCGCACAUGUUGCUCGAGUAUACUAAGCCUGAUUAGUCCAACAAGAGUUUGCUCUCAACUGCAGAGUUUGACAACUGAUAUUUUUCCUAAUGGAUAUGUAGAAGAGACACUAACCAAUACCAUAGAAUUCAUCUCUUUUCCUCGCAGUCAACAUGACAAACUUCCCAAUGUCUUUUUUUUAGCUUGAAGUUGGGAAGGAUCAUAUGUAUUGAUUCCUCAUGCUGACACCUCCACAAUAUAUAGAUGUUAGAAACAUUUGUAAAUAUAGGUCAGGGUGCAAAAUCUAACGACAUCAAUUUUGUGUAAUAUAUACUUAAUACUUUUUUGGCAUAGAAAAGGUUCUCAUCUAUC